AACUACCAUUGGUAUAGUUGCAUUUGAUCUCAGGAGCCAUAUCGCGACUUGCAGUUUGCUUACCGAGUUCCCCAUGGUCGUAUACCUAGAAAUUCUUCCUUUCAUACUGUAUUUGCUUUACAAACUCCACUGUUCAGUUCGAGCUUACUCUUCAUACUGACACCUUAGAAGAUCAUGUCUACAAUGGACCAUAUACUUGCUUCUGAAAACUUGGUCCCCUCAGAUGGUAGGAUACGGCAAUAUCUUCUAGUCGAAGUUCUCCUGGAAAUAAAGUCAUAUGUCGUCAGCCUGGGAUACACACGCAUCACCUUGAUCCUAUUCGCAGUUCAAACUGUCUGGACGCUCUAUUAUGCAUUUUUUCGCUCCCCACUUCGACAUAUCCCAGCUCCAUUUCUCGCUCGAGUGACAAGCAGCCGUAUAAUGAUACACUUGCUCACCGGUCGGGCUGAAGCAGCAUCAAUAUCGGAUUACAAACAGCACGGUGAUGUGUAUCUGUCAAAACCGAAUACUGUCUCUAUCUGCGAUCCAAAGGACGCGCGGGUAGUCCUGUCAAACACGGAGUUCCGGAAGACGGACAUGUAUCGGGUGUUCGAAUAUGAGGGGAUUCCCAAUGUCAGCACGUUCACAGAUCCCGCACAGGCUAAUCAGAGAAGAAGCCAGUUGCAUCCCUUUUUCACGGUUAGCUAUCUAGCGGGCAUGGAACAUCUGAUAUUGAAAUAUGGGAGCAAAGCGUUACGAACCAGAUGGGACACCCUGAUUACAAACAACGAAGUCCGCGGCGAGGAUACUAUUAUCAACUAUCGUUCUGAUACACAACUGGCCAUGUUCGACAUUACCGGAGCUCUGGCCUUCGGGAGAGACUUUCACGCCUUACAGGAGGACAACCUAGUCUACACCAAAUGGGUGAACAACACUCUUACUUACAUGCUACUUUCUCAUUACUUUCCAUUCAUCAAACGAAAGCCAUUUUCAGCUCUAGUAUGGAAGCUGAAGGGCUCGUACGACGACCUCGUACAGUUCAGCAAGGAGUCCGUGGCGAUUCGCCAAGAAGAGAUUCAUAAUGGAGGCGACAUACCUGCUGAUUUGCUUCAGGCCUUGCUGGAUGCAAGAGAUCUCGACGUUCCAGGCAAGACACAUAUGUCACCAGAAGAAGUUCAGGCUGAAAGUAUUGCAAUGCUUGUUGGUGGCAGUGAGUCAACUUCUUCUGUCAUUUCGUGGAUCAUACACUUUCUGUUGCUUUACCCCGAGCAUUUCGACCGCGUCCGUGACGAAGUCCGCGCUGGCUUUCCCGACAUGAAGACCGUCAUCACAUACCAGCAAUGCAGGGAACUGUUACCGUAUCUGGAGUGUGUCAUUUAUGAGACCCUCCGCUGUAUUCCGACCACAAGCACUUCGUUUCCAAGAGUUUCAGAUACCAAGGGUAUCACCAUCAAGGGAUUCUAUAUCCCGCCUGGGACCGAGAUAGCAACCAACAAAUGCGCAGCUCACGUACACGCCACUACGUGGCAGGAUCCAGACAAAUUCGACCCAACCCGGUUUUUGAACAACUUCGAGACGAAGCGCAACAUGCUUUCUUUCGCUUAUGGUACGAGAUUCUGCAUUGGGCGGAACCUCGCGUGGGUCGUAAUGAUGGUCACAAUAGCGAAUCUUUUCCGCGAUUACGAUAUCAAGUUGCCGAAGGACAGUGUCUUCGGCCCGCAUAACAAAGAUCCUAGGACAGGACGACCGAGAAUCAUGCCGACGAAGCUGGGGGUAGCGACAAUGCCUGCGAAGCCGGAGAGAGACUGUCGGAUGAUAUUGCAAAAGCGGAAGGAUCGUGUCAACGAUGAGUGA